AUAUAAUUAUUGUAGAGUUAAUACCGUAUCCGAAGUUUUAAGGUUAGAUCAGAUUGUUAUGUCAAAUUUAUUGAGGUCACAUUCUUGACAGGUGUCUGUAAAGAUCAGUGGUUAUUAAAAAAACAGUUUACUAUGGCUCGUUACUUUCGAGAGGAAGAUAUUGAUGAAUUCAGGGAAUGUUUUUACUUAUUUGCCCGCAAUGGUCAUAUUCGUACCUUAGAUGAAUUGACCAUCAUUAUGAGAUCAUUAGGCCUCAGUCCAACAAUUGCAGAAUUAAAUAAAUAUCUUAAAGAUAAAGGUGGAAAAAUGUCAUUCGCUGAUUUUCUAGAAGCUAUGCAUUUACAAACAAGAGCGGAAGAUCUUCCAAAAGAAGUAAUAGAAGCUUUCCAAGCUGCGGAUACUGCCCAUACAGGUACUAUACCUGCACGACAAUUGGCUCACAUGCUUCUUCACUGGGGAGAAAAAUUAAGUAAUAAAGAAGUUGAACAAAUCUUUCGAGAAGCCAAUGUAUCCAUCAACGGUAAUGUCAAAUAUGAAGAUUUUGUAAAAAUUGCCUGUGCACCAGUACCUGACUACUAUUAAAUAUUAAUAUUUGGAUUAUAAAUCUUUUAUAUAUAUUCUGUUUGAAGGUAUUUAUUACUAUUAUAACUUGUAACAUUUUUAUAUAACAAUAUACUUCUUAAAA